CGGACAGCUAAUCAGACCGGACGAGAGUAUAUGCAGAGUGAUCGGAAAAGUGUAAUUAAAAUUAGAAACGGCGCAAGCUUAAAAACAGGGACACGACAAAUUGGCACAGCCGGUAGGAUCAAUCAAGAUGGAACACGACAAAGACUGGCCUUUGGAACCGUUCAACGAUUCUGUCGGUCCAUCUGAUCUUCGACGCGAAUGGGAAGAAUGGUUCAGAGCAUUUGAACUGGUUUUGGAACUUCGGAAAAUCGAAUCACAGCAUGAUAAACUAAUUCUCCUCCUGGCACGAGGGGGCCGAGGUCUCCAAAGAAUUUACUAUAAUUUGCGACCAGUGGCCGACGAGAUUAAUCCUGUUCCCGUUAAAAUUCCGCUAAUGCAACCAGAGGUACCUGAAUACGACAAUGCAAUCAAAAGAUUGACUAACUUCUUUGUCGGGAAAAGAAAUGAGCGUGUUGAGUUGGAACUUUUCCGCUCAUUGAAGCAAUCGGAAGAUGAGUCAUUCAGCCACUUUAUCCUCAAGUUACGCACACAAGCGGCGCGGUGCGAUUUCCGAUCUCGCGAGGAAAUUGAAAUUCUCCACCAGGUGACAAUGGGAGCCCGCGACGAACGAGUGAGAGAUAAAGGCCUGGAAAACUCCAUGUGUUUGGAUGAUUUGACAAACUACGCGAUAAACAGGGAGAUGCUGCUGAAGCAGAAGGAGAAGACACGUAAUUCAAGAGAGAACGAGGGUUCCGGAGUACUAUCUGCGGUAGACCAAGAGUGGAAACAUAAGUCAUCGACAGUUGAGCAACAUGGAACACGUUGGAACCAAGUCAAGCGCAAGGAGGUAGAGUGUGACAAUUGCGGAUCAUGGAAGCAUCGAAAAGAUUCGCGUGAAUGUUCGGCUCGGGCGGCUAGAUGCAACCACUGUGGACGCAUAGGCCAUUAUGCAAGAAAGUGCAGGUCGAGAAGAAACGUGCCAUGGAAUAGCAGUCGACCUUACCGAAAGUUUGAUGGAGCAAAUUCGUUGCGAGAGGGAGAUCGAUACCACCAUCGCGGACGGAUUGUUGCUCGACGCCCACUACCGGACAUACCGAAGGUGCAUAAGAAAGAUGAUGGAAUAAUUACAUGCAAAAUCGACACUUUUCCGGUGAGUUUCUUAAUAGAUUCCGGGGCGGCCAUAAAUACACUUACUGAGCGAGAUUGGAAUGACUUGUCAAAAAGUGCAGCGAAAAUAUACAAAAAACGCUUCAAUUGUGAUCGACAGUUUACUGCAUACGCAUGUCAGGAGCCUCUGCAGGUAGUCAUGAUUUUCGAGGCAUGGGUCUCAGUAAACGACAACAAACCAAAAACCUACGCAGCAUGUUUCUUCAUCCAAUGA